AUGGGCAAAGGCUCGCGUUUAACUCGCCGUAGCAAGGACAAGAGCACUGCCAAUGGGCCCCUUACACCACUCACUCCUGAGCAGAAAUGGUGGAAAGUUAUGAACCGACUAGCUCAGAUCCAGCUGGGUUGCAGUCUUUUGAUGCAGCUUUCCUACGUCGCAUUUCCGGCCUACAAUUUCUCGCUGGCGCUGUGGUGUCUGCUGGCGUGUACUCCGUCGUGGAGUGCAAAGCACACUCGUCUUGUCCCGCUGCAUAUGAUCGCUAUCAGCUUCUCCGUGUUGACAGAUAUUAUCUGGAUGAGUUUGUGGGUGUCUGGACGGGUGUUCUUCGAUCAGUUCUGCAACGCCAACGCCGUCUCGAUCGUCAGUUGUGGUGGCGCUUCCGAUCAUUUUCCAGGUUGCAGUACCAACCAGUUUACACUGUUCACGCUCAUUCUCAACCUUCUGGCUAAGGUCGCGUCCAUCGUAAGCUUGCAGCGUAUUCAUGCUAUUAAAGUUGCCAACCGAGCCAAGCACCGCAGCCAUGUUGCUUCUGACACAACUAGUGAUGCACCAAGUAUUCCUUCAAGCAUCGAAGUUAAGCCACUACCAGAAAGCAAAGAUGUUGCCGAAGAUACAGCAUCAAAGUAA